CGUGAAUUUUCAACAAUUUAAGGUCGAUCACAAGGACCAAAGGCACAUUUGGUCUAUACUGGAAUACUUCAGUUUCAGCUUCUGUUUAAGACAAAGUGAUUUCAUUGAAAUCAAUUACCAUGGACUCUUUAAAAUAUUUCGGGGAACUUUAUGGAUGCACAAUGCCAGUGGAUGAUACAAAAAAUAUCAAAGCGAUAGUCCAAGAUGUUGCGUCGUAUAAAGCCGAAAAUUUUGAUGGAGAUCAAUCGCCCAAUCCUUUCCCGACAACCUUGGAAGAACUCAUUGAAGUAAUGGAUGACCUCAGAAAAAACAAAAAGCGUAUGAAAGCCACUUCUACAAAUCACAGCAGAGAAUGGUGUAAUAUUAUCAAAUCAGAAAAUGAAGUUGACGUAAAUGUUAUUGAUUUCAAGUAUCUCAGAAAAAAGAUUGAAAUGGAGAACGCUACAACUCUAAAAGAUAGUGAGGAUGUCAAAAAAAGUUAUUGCUGUUAUGAAGCCGGUGCUACCAUUAGCGCAAUCCAAAAUGAUCUUUGGCCAUGUACUGAACGUAAAUCCCUAAACGGCAAGGUAUUACUGAAUCAAACAGGGUGUGUUGAUUUGUCCAUUGGAGGAACUAUAGCCACUGCAGCGCACGGAAACGGUCUGGAUAAACCGAUUAUAGCCGAUAUGGUAAGGUCUUUCAGACUAAUAACAGUUCAAUCGGAUUGUAUCAAACAAUAUCAACUGGAGCCCACCAUUGGGAUCACAAAUAAAGAAGAUUUUUCCAAAAACUUUAAAGGCGUCGAAUUGAUUCAAGACGACAAUUAUUUCUAUGCAGCUCUUGUGAAUAUUGGAAGCAUGGGCAUUGUUUAUUCGUAUAUCUUGGAGAUUGAAGACGCUUUUUAUUUGAAAGAAAAUCGUACAAUGAUGUCGUGGAAGGAUGCUAAAGGGCAAUUGAAGGACCUCUUUGAUGAUGAAGGUAAUUCACUACACAGUUUCGAGCUAUUUGUUUGUCCGUACCCACCAAUUGAAAAAAAGGAGAUCAAACUCGAUGAUAAGAUUCAAGUAGUGAUUUGCAAGCUAGAAAAAAGUGAAGGUCCUCCAAAAGGUACGAGACCAAACUUGCACUUCGUUCAACCAGAGUGGAUACGUCCAGCCUUUACCACCGCGUGCGAUAAAAAUCCAGAGAUCCUACCGUUAAUGAUAUGCUUGAUGAUGAAUGCCACGCAGUGCAAAGAUGUUGUGAUGGAUGCUUGCGAAGCUCUUGAUCCUUUGUCUGGUCUAGCGGUUUCAGGGGAGGUCAGAGUCAGUGAAUGCGCAAUGAAAGUUGAAAGUGCAGAUGAUAUGAUAAGGAAAGUUGAUGAUGUAAUAGAAAUUUUUCAAUGUAUUAGAAAAAAGAAAGCAAACCAACUAGUAACAACACCAUUUGCUGUACGAUUCUCAAAAGAAUCUAAAGCAUUCAUGGCAAUGCAAUAUAAUCGUCCAAGUAUGAUGAUAAUAAGCAACAUACUAAAGGGUACCCCAGAUGCAGAAGCCACAUUAAAAACAUUCCGCGAUAGCCUGAUGAAUAAACAUGGAGGUCGUCCUCAUUGGGGCAUGAUACAAGACAUGGAUAAACGUAAACUGGAAAAGCUAUAUGGAAAACUAGCUAUCCAAAAAGUUCAAAGAUGCUUUGAAAAUGUUUGAUCCCAAAGGGUUCUGCAGCAACAAAUUUACGGAAACAGUGUUUUGUCACGUAAAAAAGAAGUGAAAAUCACCGAAAAGUAUCAGACGACAAUACCCAUUGCUUUGCAGCAACAUCUAUGUUACUUAUUUCACACUUUUGAAAGUAUAUUAAAAAUUUCAAUAUG